AUGGCUUUCUUCAAGGUGGAGACCACAUUGACGGUGGAAAAGUCGGCAAGGGGUGGACGUCAAAGCAACGCACAGAGUCAGUACGAAGCCACAAGAAUCUUUCGAGGCGAUGAGGAUCGGACAUACCUUGUGCACGCCUCUGCCAGUGCCCCAGCCCUUGAUGGUAAUCUCAGUCAACAUAUCGCGAUUAUACUGACCAAUCUGCGCCACAAAGGUCUGCAGAGCGGUCAUGUCUUCGACAAUGAGUUCCAGCUUAUACAGAUAGGAGCCGACUUCCUCACGGAUUUGCUUGCAAGGUAG